UGUAGUCUUAGAGAACGUUUCACACACGUGUCUGCAGCCGUUGCCAGUCAAAAUGUCAGAUGGAUUGAUAUGAUAGAACUAUUAUAACCAACUUUACAAUAUGUGGUUUUGUGCCAUUACUAGAAAGUAACAUUAUAGUGCACGUUUAGAGGGGGGAAAAACAACAAACAAACCUCAAGAAACAAAUAUCUGGCAACAUUGAAAUUCCACAGGAUAUUUUGAAAGCUAAAAGAAUGAUAUCACAAACAUUAAAUGACUGUACGAAUUACAGUCAGAAAAAUUUCCUAUAGUGACUGAGAAUAUGUUUCUUGAACAACUUUUUGUGAUUACACAUGAGAAAUUUACCAUGACACUGCAACUGGAUUAUGAGAAUUGUUUUUUUUUAUUAUAUCUGAAUGCAUGCUUAGCCCUUUAGCAUUCAGAUUACUCUAUCAAAUGUAAUGCUUAUUUAUUUACAUUAUUUUGAAUUCAUCAUGCACUAUCACAUAGUUUCGAGAUUUCGAUGAUGUGACUGUUUACUUUUAAAAUGACAUUGUAGGAUAGGUGUGAGAGGCCAGAUCUGACUGAUUUGAAGAUCAAACAGGUAGAAUAUUUUGGCCGGAUAAGGCUAGUUUGAAUGGUAAAGAGUUAGUGGUUCUUUAUAUUUGAUUUUAUAAUUUCAAGAGUAAAAUCAAGAAUGUCUUCCGUUUUUCUGAAUUGGAUGUUGAAUAGUAAAACUUUAUUGUGAAGAGGAAACUAUGGAGGAGAAACAGUGUAAAAGUCAGGUUAUUAAUGAAACCCAGUCUGAAAGUAGUGAUUUAUCUGAUCAAUCUCAAAGAAAUAAAAGAAACAAACCAUAUGCCUGUGAAACAUGUGGAAAGACAUUUUUAAAAAACAGUUGUUUAAUCCAACAUAAAUUGAUUCACAAAAGUUCAGUGAUUUACCAUUGUGAAGUUUGUGGUAAAAGGUUUGCAAGAAAAAAUUCUAUGAACUGUCACAAGCGAAUACAUUCAGGAGAGAAACCACAUCGAUGUGAUAUCUGUGGAAAGACAUUCUCUCAGAGUUCUCAUUUAUCUAGUCAUAAACGUAUUCAUACAGGAGAGAAGCCAUAUGACUGUGAUAUUUGUGAUAAAACAUUUUCUCAGAAGACAAAUUUGCUGACUCACAGAUUUAUUCAUACAGGGGAAACUCGAUAUGAUUGUGAAAUCUGUGGUAAAACCUUCAUUGGCAGUGGUUCAUUACUGAAACACAAACGUAUUCACACAGGUGAAAAACCAUAUCCCUGUGAUAUUUGUGGAAAAGCAUUUUCUCGGAAUGAUGUUUUAUCAGGUCACCAACGUAUUCAUACAGGUGAAAAACCAUACCACUGUGAUAUCUGUGGUAAAACAUUUUCUUUGAAACCUACUUUGACUGCUCACAAGAGGACACACACAGGUGACAAGCCAUACCGCUGUGAUUCAUGUGGUAAAGGAUUCUCAAUGAGUAGUUCUCUGUCAGCUCACAUGCUUAUUCACACAGGAGAAAAGCCAUUCCACUGUGAUAUUUGUGGUAAAAACUUCGCUGUAAGUAGUGUAUUAAUUAGUCAUAAAAGUACCCACAAUGGGAAUAAACCAUAUCACUGUGAUAUUUGUGGUAAGACAUUCUCUUGGAGAUCUAGUGUAACUUACCAUAAACGUAUUCACACUGGUGACAAACCUUACACUUGUGAAGUUUGUGGUAAAUCAUUCUCAACAAGUACCCACUUAACUGCACACAAACGUAUUCACACAGGUGAGAAACCAUAUCUCUGUGGUAUCUGUGGUAAAAGAUUCUGUGCAAGUGGUCAGUUGUAUAAACAUAAAUAUGCUCACACUAAAGAUAAAUUAUUCUACUGUGAUGUCUAAUAAUACAAUCAAUCAACGUGCUCAUUUGUUCAUUCACAAAUGCCUUCACACUUCUAAGGAACUAGAUAACUGCGAAUUAUGUGGUAAGCCCUUGUAUCAGAUGAGAAACCAAAUGACUAUGAUGCCAACAAUAAAUCAUUCUCACAUACUAAUUUAACUACUCAAAUCAUAUCAUUGUGAAAAUCCUUCAUAUACAAUAGCUCAAGGUAAUUAGAUUGUGAUAUGUUUCCUUUUGAGACACAGAUUUAAUUGAAAUUUAUUGUAAAACAUCUUUGUUCAAUGAGUUUACAUAGUGUGUGUAUUGGAAAAUGUUUAUAGAAUUAUUUUUUUCCAUUUCUCAUAUCCAAGAGGAAAGCUGUAAAAUGCACAACUUUACUGUUUACCCUACUUAUAUGAAAAAUUAUUUAUGAUUAAGAAAUUUCACUAGAGAAACAUUUUCACAGUUUUAUAAAUAUAAGAUUACUCUUAUCUUUUAGCUUUCUCUUAUUUCUCAGGUAAACAGACAUAAAAAUUCCCUUGAACAGUAUGCUUAAUUUGAUGUAAAUUUAUUGUAAAUGAUAAAAGAAACUUUAAAUUUAUUAUUGUUUGGAAAUAUAUGACUAUUGCAUUUAAAUAUUUUCUGUUUGUAAUUUGAUCUAUUUCCUUAGCAUUUUUAUGAGCACUGGUCAACUGUUUUUCCUUUGAUACCAGUUUGAAAACCAGUGCAUGUUUACAUUAAACAGUAAUUAUUUACUAUCUCCAGAAAAAAGUACUACGUAAAACAUUUUAGAAUAUGAAGAAAAUUUCACAUGAUGUCUGCAAAAAGAAAGUAACUUAUCACAGUUAUCCAAUUAUCUCAUGAAUUAUACAUUAUGGCUUUAAAUAUUCUAGCAGCUACCAUUUUGUGUUCUAUCAUUAUUAUCAUCAUUUUAUGCAUUUUUCUUUUUCCUUCUGUUGUUGUUAGCAUGGGUUGAAUGGGUUGUCACUACUUGUCAUAGGUCUUCAUCAUCUGGCACAUGCAGCAGUUGGAAUUCAUAUCUUAUUCUAUGUAUGUUGGUUUUUGAUAUUGUUUUUACUUCUAAAUACCCUACCUAAUACAAACUAGUUAACAGCAUGGACUGGGUGCAUUUUAAUGUGCUGCCAGCACGGGAGGUUAUGUACAGUAGGGUUUGAAACUUCCCAUCUGUUUUCUCUUUUUAUUUAGAAUUUCUCAUCUCUUACAUAAGUUGCUUGUACUGUGAUUUGUGGGAUCUAUGUCUCCUCGGUUUAUUGCUUUGAAUAACAAAGGCUAUUUUUUUUCUUUUUUUGUUGCUGUUGGAUGUGAGUAUGAUGUAGUUAGUGAUAUGACAGUCAGUAUCACCAAAUAGGUGGCAUUGAACUAAAAACCCAAGAUACUAAACUGAAUUUUCUCAUUGUAGAAGUUAUAUCUACAUAUAAUUCUGCUCAUUUGUUCACGUAUUAUGCUUUAGUUAGUUAGAGAGGUGGAGUGAGUGAGAGAAAGAGGAGAGGAAGAAGUAGUGAAAGAUAUAUAAUAUUAAUAUGCUAAGGCCAGAUACAUCACAUGGUUAGCUGGAGGGAGAGGUGAAGAGUGAGAGAAAAGAGAGAGAGAGAGAAGUGUUAAUGAUAUGCAGUAGGGUGGGAAGGAAUAGUUAUUAUGUAGUUAAAAACUUAGCUGACGUGAAAGGUAAAGGGAAGGGGAUAUUUAGCAGAGGUUGGUGUUCUGGAGCUGGGGUUAAAUAAAGGCCAUCACUUAAUGCAUGUGCAUAAGUGCAAUUAUUUAUUGUGUGCUUGCUUGAAAAUUGAUAUAAGGGUUAAUUUAGCUUAAACUAAGGAUUCACAAAAAUGACAUUUGCAAGCUGCUCAAGAAAGAAUGCACAAAUAUAGAGCAUGGAUCAGAGAUGAACAGCAAGAAAAUAUAAUAAAAAGAGAAAAAAGACGAUACCGACAGAGAUGCAAGGAAAUGAAUGUAAAUAAACAUCAAGUAUAUUUAAAGAAAGUUAGACUGAGACAACAGGGAAAAGCAACAAUAUGCUUCAAGAUGAAUGUUAAAAAUAUUUAGAGAAACAAAGACUCAGACAAGAAAGAAUAGAUCACAUCCAUAAGAAUGAAUGAGCACUUCUCAAGCAGCAGAGAAAGGCGCAUAGACUUAGAAGAGAAAGCAUGAAUGCUGAAGAACUAUACAAUUUCAGAAAGAAAAGAAUACAUAAUGGGCAUCAUAGGAGAAAUGGCCUAGCAAUUAACGUUAAUGGUAGUGCAGAAGAAUUUCAUAUUGGUGAUCAUGGUGGUGCUUUGAAAUUUAGAAAUGAAAGUUACAGCUGUUGUAAUAAUGAAAAAGUUUUGUUGCCUUCAUUGCAAAUAUACCCUGAGAGACUGAGAAAUCUCUUUGAAGAAGAAGACCAAGAAGUAGCGGCAUUUUGCAGGAACAUCUGCAAUUACAACUAUGCAUUUUCUUGCGUUUUAUUUGGUGUUAAACAUGCCACGCGGUAGAGGCUCAUAUUACUUUUGUAUUCAGAGUCAAACAUAUCACAAUACCACACCUCUGUACCCUGGAGAAAAUGCACCACAAUGUGCUAAAUUAUUGACUUGAGUGAAGCUGUGCCACACAAAUUGGAAAGCACUGCCAAAUAAUGACUGCUCACCACAAACAAUGACCAUUAUAAGUGAGGUGUUGCAUGAAUGUAAUAGAUAUGGUGAAGUGUACAAUACAAUGCAUGCCAUCAAACAAGAAGAGAAAAAUCAUCCAGUACAGAAGAGGGUCAGAUAUAAGAUAUUACAAUUUACCAACUAGCAAUGAAAUAACUUGUUUUUGAGGGUAGAUGGCACACCACCUCUACAGAUAUUGUCAUCAGUACAUAUUGUAAAGCUGAGUUUGCGAGUGUGUGUGUUGCAUCUAUAGAAAUCCACACCUUACAAGAUAGCAAUCUGGGAGUCACACCAAUGGAUUCCUCAUGGUUGAAAAUGCCCGGAAUCGGCCAUUUAUUUUUUGAUUUUUUGCUUCCCAAGGGGUGGAUUUUUGCAUUAAAAAUAAUUUUAAACCAUAACUUCUAACGAUUUUCAAGUUGGAGAAACACACCAGCAUUUGCAAACAUGAGUUAAGUCCCCUUCUAGCGACAGUGUAAAGAGAGAGAGAUAACAGAUUUUUUAAAUUUUGUCUUUUUAGUGAGUGAUUAACAAACAAGGAUUGUUAUGUAUGUAUGUGUGAAUGGUUUCAGUCACACACACACACACGAACAUGUAUAUGUACAAAACACAUAUAUGCAAUAGGUGUGUGUUGCCUGUAUAUAUAUAUAUAUAUAUAACUUUUAUAAGUAAUAUUCUAAAAGAAUAUAUAACUGAACUUAUGUUGAGUGCUCAAUUAUCUUGAGCAAAUAAAUGUGUAUAUAUGUGUUUUUAUAUCAUUAAUAAAUUCGUAGAACUCAUCAAUAAUAUAUUCAGGAAAUCAAUAUUUAAUAUUUUGAAAGAUAUACAUCCAACAUAACAUGGUAACAUAAUAAAUUUAAAAGUUUAAAACAUAGAUAUACGGAAUAUAAAUAUGAAUACAUAUAAAAAUCUAAAAAUAGAUAUAUAUAUGUUUAAAUAUAUAUGCGUAUAAAAAUUUAUGUAUAAAUAAGCAUGAA